UGUGCUUGCUCUCCGGGCUUCUCGUGCCGGUGUGAGCUCGUGAGUGUCGCUGCUUUUCGGUGGUUUCCCGGUAAACUGUUCGGUUGCUACCGAACAUGGCGGACGGCGGCAGCUCGUUGUUCUCCGGGUUCCGGGUUCUGGGUCUGUAUUCCAACCACGUACCGCACGCGCUCCGGUACCACCUGAAGCACCGCGAGUUCUACGUGGUGACGGCGGCGGGUCGGAACUUCCACACAUUCAACGUGAACCGGCUGGGCAUCGUGGCUGUCAGUAACUGCCUGUCAGAUGACAUCACCUGCUUGGCGGCUGACAGGAUGUUGGUGUUCGCUGCCGCUGGACGCCUCAUCAGCGCCUUUGCCAGGAACAAGGAGGUGGUGAUGCGUUACCAUGGUCACAGACAGGAUGUGCGUCUGCUGCUGCCUCUGGGUGAUCAGCUGAUCUCUGCUGACAGCGGUGGUGAUGUCAUCGUGUGGGAUGUCCAGGGAGGAGACGUCUACCUGCGGCUGCAGUUCGACCCGACCACCUUCAACGUGUCGGCCAUGAUGCACCCGAGCGCCUACCUGAACAAGGUGCUGCUGGGCAGCUCCCAGGGUGCGCUGCAGCUCUGGAACGUCAAGACCAGCACGCUGCUCUUCAGCUUCCCCGGCUGGUCGGCUGGAGUCACCGCUCUGCAGCAGAGUCCCGCGGUGGACGUAGUCGGUGUCGGCACGGCGACCGGCCGCAUCAUCAUUCACAACAUCCGACUGGACGAGACACUGAUGAGCUUCACACAGGACUGGGGACCAAUCACUUCGCUGGCUUUCAGAACAGACGGUCCUCCAGUUGUGGCGUCUGGCAGCCCUCAGGGCCACAUUGCAUUCUGGGAUUUGGAGCGUCGUCAGCUGGUCGCUCAGCAGAGACAUGCCCACAGAACAGCCGUCGCCGCGGCAACAUUCCUGCAGGGCGAGCCGCUAUUGGUCACCAACGGAGCCGACAACGCCAUCAAGGUGUGGAUAUUUGACCAGGAAGGGGGCGGAGCUAGACUGCUGCGGAGUCGUCAGGGCCACAGUUCUCCACCCACCACCAUCCGUCACCAUGGCAACGAUGGAAAAAACAUCCUCAGUGCAGGUCAGGACGGCACACUGCAGUCUUUCUCCACCGUCCACGAACGUUUCAACAAGAAUCUGGGUCACGGCUCCAUCAGCAAGAAGAAAGAGCAGAAGAAGAAGAAGGGGCUGUCCUACGAGGAGCUGCGUCUUCCUGCCAUCACAGCGUUCUCCUCCGCUGUCACUCGUCAGUCGGACUGGGACGGCAUCGUCGCGUGUCAUCGCGGUCGCCAAACAACCACCACGUGGAGUUACCAGCGGUGCUCCAUGGGAGCUCAUCACCUGCAGCCGCCAGGAGGCCGAAGAGACGCCGUCGCCACGGCUGUUGCCAUCACUUCCUGUGGUAACUUUGCUGUGAUUGGCUUGUCCUGCGGUCGUGUUGACGUCUACAAUCUGCAGUCCGGGCAGCACCGUGGUUGCUAUGGGGAUGAUGAGAAAGCUCACAGCGGCGUGGUGCGAGGCGUCGCCACGGACACCCUCAACCAGCUGACCCUCACCACUGGCUCUGAUUGGCUGCUAAAGUUCUGGCGCUUCAAAACAAAGAAACAGGAGGAACAGCUGAAGCUAGGCUCUGCACCAGCUAGCAUGAUGCUACACAGAGACAGCGGAAUGCUAGCAUUAGCGCUGGAUGACUUCACUGUGGUGGUUGUUGACAUAGAAACCAGAAGAGUUGUCAGAAAAUUUGCUGGUCACCAUGGCAACAUCAACGAUAUGACAUUCAGCCCUGAUGGCCGCUGGUUGGUUACCGUGGCAAUGGACUGCACCAUCCGUACCUGGGACCUUCCCUCUGGAUGUCUCGUGGACUGUUUCCUGGUUGCCACGGCGCCAGUGGGUGUGUCCUUAUCGCCGACUGGAGACUUCCUGGCGACUGCUCAUGUUGAUAGCCUGGGUGUUUACCUCUGGACCAAUAAGAGUCUGUGUGGGCCUGUGGGGCUCCGCCCCCUCCCAGCUGACUACCAACCGGCUGUGGAGACGCUGCCGGGCGUCAUGCCGGUCGAGCCGGAGCAGGAAGUGACAUCAGAGGAGGCUGAUGAUGUGUAUCAGUCAGCUGAGCAGCUGGGGGCGGAGCUUGUGACUCUGUCUCUGCUGCCGGAGUCUCGGUGGACGAGUCUGCUGCACCUGGACGCCAUCAAGAGGAGGAACAAACCUGCAGCGCCCCCUGCUGCUCCGCCCACCGCGCCCUUCUUCCUGCCAACGCUUCCUGGUCUCACGCCUCGAUUCUCGUUGCCCGCGGCGACCGAAGCACAGUCCAAGCUGCUGCCGAUCGGGUCGCUGCUGCAGACGUCGGCGCUGGGUUUGGCUCUGGAGGCGGCUCAGCAGUCGGGAUCCUUCGACCGUCCGCUGCGUCUCCUGAAGGAUUGUGGGCCAGCGGCACUCUCAGUGGAGCUCACCUGUCUGACAUCAGAGGGGGGCGGGGCCAGCAGCCUCCUUCUUGCCUUCAUUCACAUGAUUGACAGCAUGUUGGCCAGUGGGCGGGACUUUGACCUGGCUCACGCUUACCUGGCGCUUUUCCUGAAGCUUCACCUGCGCUCGCUGUCGCAGGACGCCAUCGCCAUGGCAGCGCUGCUCCGCCUCUCAGACCGGCUGGAGGCAGGAUGGGCGGAGCUACGAGCAUCAUUCGACCAAUCACUGUGUCUGCUGUCAUACAUGAGGAGCGCAGUGCUGUGACACACACCACACACACACCACACACACACACACACACAGAGUUCAGUAUUUUAUUAAAGUUGUUGGUUUCUGA